CAUAUAUAUUCCGACCAACCAAUCUCACAACAGGAAAAUUCCUAUUAAAACAUUCUGCGCGCACAUAUAACAACACUCUGGAAACUCCUUUUUACCAUUAGCUCUUCCUUUUGCUGCUGCAUUGCAAUUUCCUGUACAGGAGCGACGACGUCUCCAUGGCUCUUCCUGGUCAGCAUGCUGAUUGUCCAAGUUUCAAGCUUGUCAUUGUUGGUGAUGGAGGCACAGGGAAGACAACUUUUGUGAAACGGCAUCUUACUGGAGAGUUCGAGAAAAAAUAUGAGCCAACGAUUGGUGUUGAAGUCCAUCCUCUCGAUUUCUUUACCAACUGUGGGAAGAUAAGAUUUUAUUGCUGGGACACUGCAGGACAAGAGAAAUUUGGUGGACUCAGAGAUGGCUACUACAUUCACGGCCAAUGUGCUAUUAUUAUGUUUGAUGUCACUGCACGGUUGACAUACAAGAAUGUUCCAACAUGGCAUAGAGAUCUCUGUCGGGUCUGUGAAAAUAUCCCAAUUGUUCUUUGUGGUAACAAGGUUGAUGUAAAGAACCGCCAAGUGAAAGCCAAGCAAGUUACUUUUCACAGAAAGAAAAAUCUUCAGUAUUAUGAAAUAUCUGCUAAAAGUAACUACAAUUUUGAGAAGCCUUUUCUCUAUCUUGCAAGAAAGAUUUCUGGGGAUCCUAACCUUCAUUUCGUUGAGUCACCUGCCCUUGCUCCACCAGAAGUUCAAAUUGAUAUGGCCACACAGCACCAGUAUGAACAAGAAUUGGCUCAAGCUGCAGCACAGCCUCUUCCCGAUGACGAUGAUGAUGCUUUUGACAGCUAGAUGAUUUUCUACUUAACACAUACACUGUGGCAAGGUUGUGGUGUGGAUGGUCUGACAGUUGGAUCGUUUGGACUAUUUUUCACUGUAAUCGAUAGUCUACACUAAAUAUAUGUUAGUCAUGAUAGUUUCUCUAGAAACUUGGUUACCUCUUUACUCGCAAUAUGCAAUUAUUUUUUUAGACUCUUGAAUUUGAGAGAUGUCUAUAUUUAAGUUUUUUUAGUGCUCAUCAAUAGAUGGCAUAAUAAUCAUAUUAUAUGCAGGAACUGAACAACUUACGUGUAAGAAUGGCUCUUGAAAAUAUAUGUGUCUUCAGUGCUUAA